CGGCAGACGUGUGAGGGGACAGACGUACGUUGGAUUCUCUUCCCCUCGUUGGCUUGACUCGCUCGCUCGCUCGCUCGCUUCGUUUCCGUUCACUGAAAUCUCUGAAAACCUCCAUUUUUUUUUGUUUUUGGUCGCAAGAUUUUCUCACCGAGGACAAUACAUUUUAUAUUUUUUUUCCUACCUGAAGAGACCUUGAAAGAUAAUGUGAGAGAGUGAGAAAGUGAGAGAGAGAGGAUGUGAGAUAAUGAACGGAGCAUUGUGGCGCCCUAAAGGAAGAAGAAGAAGAAAAGGACUAAGAAGAAAAAAGAGGAAAUAGAGAAAGAAGAGGAAGAGAGAAAAAGAGAGAAGAAGGAUGUGUGACUGACGAGGAAAAUAAAUAAACGAAAGGAAAAAGAGAAAAGGGAUAAAAAUGAAGUGAAGAAGAAGAAGAAGAAGAAAAAAGAAGAAAAAAGUUUUGGAUGGAUUAAAAAACAAGGAAUUACGUUUGUGUGUUCGUGUGUUCGUGUGUACAUCGAAAUGGAUCUAACUCAACUCUAGUGUCAGAAUGGGUCAUCACAGAAGCCGGAGGUCAGGUCACGCGCCUCAAGUGACCCCAAAUGACCUUGACCUCGUGACCUCUGACCUGCGUGGUGGUGGUGGUGAUGAUGAUGGUGGUGCCUCAACCUCACUCAACCUCACACAAGAAAGGGUUGAAAUGGGGUUGACCAAGCGCGCAGAGGUUACUGAAGCUCGUGACCUGAACGUGACCUCACUUGACCUCCUAAAUCCCUUGAGGUCACGGAGGAAAGGUCAGCCGGUCCCCAGUUCGAUCCCCAGUCAGUCAGUCGGCCAGCACCCCAGUUUGCCAGUUUCCCCAGUUCAACCCCAAAAUCAAUCCCUUACCAGUCAGUCAUCCACUCACCCAUAUCCUUCCCAGUCCCCCAGUCCCUUCCCUAGUCAACCAUCCAGUCAGUCCAGUCAACCAUCUCCCCAGUCCCCCAGUUUCUCCCCAGGUCGGAGGGGGGUGCUGGGGUCUCAAGUCUCCUCCACACCCCUCAAUUAUGUCCUACCAAAGCGGGGAGACAGGAAGCUACUCUCCAAUGACUCUCCUCUCCCCUCUCCUCUCUCCUCUUCUCCCACUUCUCUCCCUUCAUCUACACAUACUCAAGAUACAAACAAACCUCUUCUCCCCUCUUCUACCUCCUCUCCCCUUUCAUCUCACUCCCCUCCUUCUCUCCCCUCUCUCCCCUCACCCAAAGAGACCUCAGUGCGUUCAGUCCUUUCUAAGACCGCUUCUCUUGAUAAAGGGGAAAGAGAGAUAACUACUACUACUACUACUACUGCUACUACAACCUCACAUAACUCAAGUAGUAGUAGUAGUAGUAGUAGCAGUAGUAGUAGUAGUGGUAGCAGUAGUGGUAGUAUAACUCAACCCGAACUGUUUACCACUACAAAUACUACUACUACUACUACUACUACUACCUCUACUACUACGAGAAUGGGUGCCAGUUCACAUAUCAACCACACACACACCAACACUACCACCAUCCCUCCCACUAAUUCCUCAACCAACUCCUUCCCCAACCACCCCAACCCUUCCACCACGACCAAAACCACUGGGAAGGAAGCCACCAUCCCAACAAGGAUCCCCAAAAGAACCCCAAAUUCCUCAACCAACCCAGGGGCAGAAUCCAACCCAGGGGCAGAAUCCAACCCAGGGGCAGAAACCAACCCAGGGGCAGAAACCAACCCAGGGGCAGAAUCCAACCCAGGGGCAGAAUCCAACCCAGGGGCAGAAACCAACCCAGGGGCAGAAUCCAACCCAGGGGCAGAAACCAACCCAGGGGCAGAAUCCAACCCAGGGGCAGAAACCAACCCAGGGGCAGAAACCAACCCAGGGGCAGAAUCCAACCCAGGGGCAGAAUCCAACCCAGGGGCAGAAACCGACCCUCUUCCCGUAACCAGAACCUCUUUGAAGCAACCCAACCCUCGGAACACCACCAAAACCACCACGACCAACAACCAGAACACCGCAACCACCACCACAACCACUGCCGCGAGAGAGACGAGACCAUGGGCUACUCGAACUCAGAGGUCAGCCCCUUCGCCAAAACACGCCAAGCAGUCCCCAAGCCCACUAGUGACCUUUGACCCCGUAGUCGUUGAUGUGUGUAGCACGAACCCGUGUGGUCAGGUGCCGUCUUGUGACCCAAACAAGGACGCCCCUCUCGGGUUCCUUUGUUACUGUGACGACGGGACGAAGGUGGAUCCCCAUUCGCGGUGUGAAUCAAGAAGGGGAGAAAUCCUGUCCGAACAUCCGUCCCCGAUCACGCUGACCACCCACACGCCCAGGGAGCCCGUGACGAUGGUGGGCGUGGUGGGCGUGGCCUCCGUGGUGAUGGUGGUGGCGCUGCUGCUCGGCUUCUGGCGGCGGAAGAGUCUGUGUGCGAUGGUGAGACACAGACACAGGGAGAAGAAGUCUGGGGAGCAAUCCCCAGACACUAUCGCUAAGACCAAUUCGCUGAUCGCCUACAACUUUGCGAGUAACCCCAACUACUACACCCAGGGGCCCGAUUCACCCAUGGUCCACUCUCUCCCCGUGCGGCUCAUCCACCCCGAGGAGAUAGCCUUCGUGGGGGAGCUUGGGGAGGGGUGUUUUGGCAAGGUGUAUAAAGGAACAUACACGCGACUCAAAGAAAACGAAGAAAACAACGAAGACAACGAAAACGAAGCAAUAGAAAACGAGAACAGAAGAAACAGAGAAGGAGGAGGAGGAGGAGGAGGAGGACCCAACAGAAACGGAACAGACAUCAACGAAGAAGGAGGAGGAGGAAGAGAGGAGGAGGGGAGACUGAGGAAGACGGUGGCGGUGAAGGUUAUCAAGGAGAGUGUGAGCGCUGAGGGGGAGGAGGACUUCAUGAGGGAGGUGGAAAUCAUGUCUGCCUUCUCCCACCCGAACAUUCUCACCCUUAUUGGCAUCGUGGUGAAAGGGAGCGGAGGAACCCCUUGGAUGGUCUUCGAAUUCAUGCCUUACGGGGACUUGGCGGAGCUCCUGAGGUCUUGUGGGCCACACUUCUACUCCAACCACACGCCCGCCACCUCGCUGUCCACGGAGGACCUACUUCACAUCAGCGUCCAGAUCGCCUCGGGAAUGGAGUACCUCUCUUCCCAGCACUUCGUCCACCGUGACCUGGCCUGCCGAAACUGUCUGGUGGGCGAGAACUUGGCGGUCAAGAUCUCGGACUUCGGGAUGUCACGGGAUGUCUACACCUGUGAUUACUACAAGGUGGGCGGGUCACGGAUGUUGCCUGUGCGGUGGAUGGCGCCGGAGAGCAUCAUGUACGGAAAGUUCACCUUGGAGAGCGACGUCUGGUCCUUUGGCGUUGUGCUGUGGGAGAUUUACUCAUUCGGGAAGCAACCUUACUACGGGAACUCCAAUGAGAACGUGGUCAAGCUCAUCUUCCAGGGCAUUCUCCUGAGCCCGCCUGAUACCUGUCCUGCCCAAGUCUGCAAUGUUAUGCGACGAUGCUGGGCGACUGACCCUAAUGACAGACUGAGGUUCCCGGAGAUUCUAGCUUACCUCAAGGGCCUGCAGGGUGAAUUGGGCGCCGCUACCCACCCCGAUGCCGCCCCCCGCUCCCCCUUCCUGCCCCCCACGCCCCCCAUCACCUACAGUCAGUUGUGCAUGCAGGAGGAGGCUGAGUCACACCUGGAUAAGGAUUUGUACCUCAUGCCCAAGAAGGUGGAGCCAAGGGAGUACCUCACGAUCAUCAACGAGGUGUGAUCUGACCUUGUUUGGCAUUGACCUCACGUGACUUUGACCUGGAGUGACCUUUGACAAAUAUGACGUAUCAAAUCUAGCCCUUUUGAACGUGGACAUUUUCUUUCUUAUUUUUUUGGUUUAAUUUGAAUUGAUCUUGACCUCAAAUCUCGUGUGUGUGAGACUUCUUUUGACCUUAACUCUGGGUGACCUUGAGAAAAUAUGAGAUAAACCUGACCUUUUUUAAACAAUUUUAUAAUCUUAUCUUUUUUUAUAUUUUGUUAACUUUGAGUUGAUUUUGACUUGACCUCUCGUGUGACCUUGUUAACCUUACCACCUUACCUUACGUGACCUUAAACUGGCAUGAAGUGACAUUUUUCGUGACCUUUGUGGCCGUUAUUUAAUUUUUUUCAUCAUGUGUGACCUCUGCCUGACCUCUGACCUCAUGUAAACGGCCUAUGACUUUUGCCUUUUAUCGUUUUGACCUUAUUUUUUU